UCAAGCACACCAGAUUAACUAGCCAGAUGGAGGCAUUACAUAUCCCAUAUGUUGAAGUAGGGUUAAGAAAUGCAUCCUCAAGUAUAUGGUUCCGGCUUCCAUUUGCUAGAGGAGAUUUGUGACAACACAUAUGCUUGCGGCUUGGCAGACUAGGAAGCAUGUAUUGGGAUGUGAAAAUUAAUGAUCAGCACUUCAUGGAUUUAUGGGACCUUCAAAAAGGAAGCAGUAGUACACCAUGGGGUUCUGGCAUUCGCAUAGCCAAUACAUCUGAUAUAGAUUCUCAUAUUCGAUAUGAUCCAGAUGGUGUUGUUCUGAGUUAUCGAUCUGUUAAGGCUAAUAGUAUAAAGAAACUAGUGGCUGAUAUCCAAAGGCUCUCCAAUGCAAGACUGUUUGCCCUUGGCAUGCAGAAGCUGCUUGGAGUACGAGCAGAUGAGAAGCUAGAAGAGUGUUGUACAAAUUCUAAUGUUAAAGCACCAACUGGAAUCAGAGGUGUUCCUGGGACCGCUGAUAAGUUAUCAGAGCAGAUGAGACGGGCAUUUAGAAUUGAGGCCGUUGGAUUAAUGAGCUUGUGGUUUAGUUUUGGUUCAGGGGUCUUAGCCCGCUUUGUUGUUGAGUGGGAAUCAAGUAAAGAGGGUUGCACAAUGCAUGUCUCUCUUGACCAACUUUGGCCGCACACAAAGUUGCUUGAAGAUUUUAUAAAUGGGGCUGAAGUUGCAUCCCUUCUGGAUUGUAUUCGUCUGACUGCAGGGCCCUUGCAUGCUGUUGCAGCUGCAACUCGACCUGCACGUGCGGGUCCUGUUCCAGGGGUCCCUGGGGUCAUAGCAGCUAUGUCUUCUAUCCCAAAACAGGCAAGGUACUUGACAUCAUCUCUGGGUCUCUUGCCUGGCAAUUCAGCCAUGAAUGUCAGUCAGGCUGGUUUUGUUCUUGUAGGGAACCCAGCUGCAUCUUCUGUUACAAGCAACCUUGCCAAUCAGGGCCUUCAUGGAGCUGCAAUGUUAGCUGCCGCUGGUCGUGGUGGCCCUGGCAUUGUCCAAAGCUCAUUGUUGCCCAUUGAUGUCUCUGUUGUGUUGCGUAGUCCAUACUGGAUACAAAUCAUAUAUCGCAAAAACUUUACAGUUGACACGUGCUGCUUUGCAAGAGAUUAGGUAUGGUUGCAGCCAGCGACUCCACCAAAGGGAGGCUCUUCAAUUGGAGGGUCAUUACCAUGUCCACAGUUUCAUCUUUUUAUCAUGGAGCAUGUUGCUCAAGAUCUAAAUGGAUUAGAUCUUAAUUUCACCAUUGGCCAACAGCUGGUGGGUGGACUUGAAAAUCCAAAAAUUCAAAACCCAAGUUCAGGUUUUCAAUUGUCUGCU